CUCAGAGUAGUAAACAAAAAAGACGCUACUUAAAAAAAAUUUAAUUAAAAAACAGCCAUUGACUUUAAUUAAAACAGCUUUAUUAUAAGUUGUCGUUGAUCACAACGCGAUGGCAGACGACAGUGAACUGGAGAGGCGUGCAGUGGAGGAGCUCCUCAAGGAAACGGACAGGGCUCGGGUGAGAGCUGAAACCAUGGGCCCUGCAGGAUGGUUGAAAUGCCCACUGCGGAGCACCAACAAGCGCUUCCUCCUCAACACCCUGCGCUCUACCGGCAUGCAACAGCGCACCGGUGAACCCGCAGCAAGAAGAGGUCGGCCGAGGAGCGAGUCCCCGAACAGAAGCCGCAGCCGCAGCAGAACGCCUCCCAGAGAUCACAGGAAUAAUGGAGGCCACGCACACCAUAAACAUCACAGGAGCAGCCGCAGUCACAAAGAUAAGAAGCAGGAUAGAGACAUAGAAAGGAGCCACAAGCAAAAAGACAACAGAGACCGGAGACACGGGAAGGACGGUCCGAGCACAGACAAAGACAGACGCUGACUUCGUGCAUGAAAGGACGUCUGUGCAGGUCAGGAACACUGCUUUUCCAGAAGCCACUCCCUGUCCAGGAAACACAAGAGGUGGACUCUCCUCUGACCGGCCAGCAUGCUCUACAGACCUGCCAGUGGGCUGAUAGGACAUGGCUGGCAUGUUGCAAAUGGAGGGAAGAGACAGAAAAGACAAUAAUUUGACUCCCUGCAGAUGAAGGACUAUUUUUUUUUUUUAAAUUACUGUUUCACUUUUGAGGGUGUUUAGGUUUAUUUCAGAUUUCUCAUACAGCCUGAAGCCGAGUUCAAAUCUUUAUGUAAUAUUUCCACAGAAAAAAAAUAUGAAGUGGCCGUUCUAGUCCAGAUAACUUUCAACAAAGGUGUUUGACAUUUGAAUCUGGAGCUUUUUGUUUGUUGUUUAUUGAAUUUCUUUCCUCACACGGACUCGUGGUUUGGUGUCAUUCUGUUUCACCUCCAGUCCAGCGGGUUGGAUUUCAAUUAUAAUAUGAUUACCAUUCUUCUGCCAUUAUUCACUGCUCAUAAUGUUUACAUAAGCCAUGCUGCUGUCGCCACUGGGUAAACUUUUUUAACAUACAUAUAACAGCUAUCAGAAACGGUUUUGUUUGUCAAAGGAGAAAAAAAUCUUGUUUUCCUGACACUCCUACAGGUGCCCAAGCCCUCUUGAAUAAGUGAUCUCAAGCACUCGGUAAUUUAUUAACUAUACUAUCAACUAUAAUAAUAACAAUAAUAAUAAUAAUAAUAAUAUGAUAGAGUAUUUAAAUACAGUAUUUCCAUGUGUUUUAGUGGGUUCAGAGGAGUUUCAGGAUAACAGAUGGACAUUUACUGAAGCGUUGAAAGGUUGUAAUGCUGUUUAUAUCCGUCUUGUCCAUUUGGCCUGUCUCCAUGUGUUUAAGCAUAGUCUUU